GCAGUGCCGAACAUUGACGGACAUGUCACUAAUUAGGACUCGGGGACAACAGAAACAACUGGGCUGGGAUGUGUCGAAGUUACAGUUGUUCAAGUAGUUUGUGAUAUAAGUGAAAUUAUUAUAAAAUAACUUUUUAAAACUAGUUCAUGGGAUACAGGUAGCAUUGCAGACAUAUCUGAAGUUCCUAACCCGAGUUUUUGUCAGCACUGUGGAAGUGUGAAGAAUAAUGGCGUCUACAGAUGAUACUGUGAAUACGGGGGAGGAGGUCCAGCGGGUCCAAAGUCCAGUCAACAAAGACCGGUCAGAAGUCAAAUCUCCGGAGAAUGAUGCAUCGGAAAGCACAGAAAAUGAUUACACUUCGCCAAGCUCGGGGGAAGUGUCGGAGGCAUCUAAAGUGGACAAACAGGAAGACGGAGAAUGUGUUAAGGAGAAACAAGAUGGCGGAACUGAUUCCGCCGAUCAGGAUUUAAAGGCAGAAACAGAAAAUGAAGAUACAAAGAAAGAUGAACAAAACAGUGAAAAAGAAGGAAUAAAUGAAAAUGAACUAACAGAAGAAAAAGAUGAAAGCAAUAGUGAACAGAAGGGUGAACAAGAGGGAUUAAAUGAACAGGAAAAUUCUGAAAAAGAUGACAAAACUAAUGAACAGGAACCUUCUACUGAACAAGGUGAUGCUGACCAAUCAGAAACUGGGGUAUCUGAACCGCAGAAAGAGGAGGUAAAGGAAGCUGACAGCAAGGAUGAGGAGCAGAAAGAGGACAGCUCUGAUGACAAAGGAGAGGAAGGGGUCACGGAGGAAGGGGUCACGGAGGCAGGAAAGGAUGAGGAGAAAGAACAAACUGAGGAAGAAAACAGCGUAGAACCUCCUGUACUUGCUGAGGACGAGCAAGGUGUAAAAUCUGAUUCACAAGCAGAGGACAACAAAGGAGACUCAGUCAUAGCAACAACAGGGGACAAACCAGAAGAAAACAUGGACACAGAAACACCGAAAGACGAUAAUGAAGGCCAGCAGACCACUCAACAGGAAGCAUCAGAGAAUGUUCCCACUGGAGACGAAGCACAGCAGGAAAAAACAGAGGAGAAAUCUGAGGAAAAAUCUGAGGAGAAAACCGAUGUGAGUGAUGAAAAGGAAGAAAAGUCUGAACAGGAAAGUGAAACAAAAACUGAGGAACAAAAAGAUGAAGAAGCAAAGGUAACAUCUGAUGAUACUCCAACUGAUCCUUCAGCUGCUGCUGCUGCUGGGGUCACAGAAACAGUAAAUGAUGUUCAGAAUGAGGAGGUUAUCAAGCAAGAGGAGGAACAGACUGAGGCUAAAGGUGAGGAGGAGGCAAAGACAGAAGAGGACACAGCAAAAACGGAGGAAGAGCUAAACAAAGAAAAGGAGGAAGAGAAGCAGCAACAGCAAGAAUCCAUGUUAAUGAAUCAGAACGCAGAGAAAGAAGCAUUCCAGCAGCUAAUGGACCAGAAUGUGAAACUAGAGGCAGAAUUUAACAAAAUGAAAAAUCAAUUUGAUGAGGUUAAAAACAAAUAUGAAUCAAUGGAAUCUAAAGUGACUGAAGUUAGCCAAGAAAAUGAUGAAAAGCGGCUAUAUAUCAAUAAACUAGAGGAAGAUAUUCAGAAACUAAAGAGCCAGAUACAUGAUGGAGGGAGUGAAGACAGCGAGCAAAAGAUCAAGGACCUGCAACAGCAGCUGCUGAGGCUGGCGAAAGAAGACGAAGAAAAGGACAAAGCGAUCAGCACUCUCAAGAAGGAGCUUGAUAAAAAGGAUGUGAAACUGUCGGAGUACGGGAACGGGGGGACCCAGAACCAGCCAUCUAAAUCAUGUACCAUACUGUAAACUAUGUGAUCCAGAGACAUGAGUAGCCAGCAGAACCAGCUCACAUUUACCACCCUGCACAUACAACAUUACGUCAUAUCUGUGAGAGAUGAGCUGACUUAGUGAUGUUAUAGCCUGUUUAAAUGUUCCGUCCAAAACCCAUUAUUUUAUUAAUACAAUAUGUGUACAGUUUAUUGUCAGAACUGGUGCCUGGCCUCCAUCUGUAUGAUUCUUGUAGCUUAUAAUAGGCUUCAAGUGUUGCUUUUAAUACUUGUAGAUUGGCUGCAAGUCUUAAUUUGAAUACUUGUAGGUUGGCUUCAAGUGUUGCUUUGAAUACUUGUAGGUUGGCUGCAAGUGUUACUUUUAAUACUUGUAGGUUGGCUUCAAGUGUUACUUAUAAUACUUGUAGGUUGGCUCCAAGUGUUACUUUUAAUACGUGUAGGUUGGCUGCAAGUGUUACUUUGAAUACUUGUAGGUUGGCUCCAAGUGUUACUUUUAAUACUUGUAGGUUGGCUGCAAGUGUUAAUUUGAAUACUUGUAGGUUGGCUCCAAGUGUUACUUUGAAUACUUGUAGGUUGGCUCCAAGUGUUACUUUUAAUACUUGUAGGUUGGCUGCAAGUGUUACUUUUAAUACGUGUAGGUUGACUCCAAGUGUUACUUUUAAUACUUGUAGGUUGGCUCCAAGUGUUACUUUUAAUACUUGUAGGUUGGCUGCAAGUGUUACUUUUAAUACUUGUAGGUUGGCUCCAAGUGUUACUUUUAAUACUUGUAGGUUGGCUGCAAGUGUUACUUUUAAUACUUGUAGGUUGGCUCCAAGUGUUAAUUAAAUUGAAUUAAAUUGAAGUGUGGAAAUAAGAAUUUCUUAUGAAAGACAUUUCAAGAUUUCGACAGAAGUGAAGAGAACACGAGAUUGUGAUUAUGUAAUAGGUGGUGUAUGUCAAGAUACUACAAUAUGAUUGGUUACAACGAAUGGUUUGUAUUACAUGUGAGAUUGCCAUGGAGAAGUGUCAUUACCGAAUCCUUGGCUUGGUCCCACACACAUCUGUUACUUAAAGUUAACUAUUACUGUAGCUAUUAAAGACUUAUCUUUCACUUAAUAACUGUAACUUCAUUGAUUAGGGAUUUUACAGGCUAGCAGAGGUACAAUUUUCUACAAUAAGUGUGUCACCUGUUGCAGUCUCAAAAGAUCAGCUUGUCAACCCCAAGGGGGUGAUAACCCCACUUAAGUAAUGGCCGACACAGUGAUGGAACAAAAAGACUUCACGGUAACCACGUAGGACAUCACAGUCGGAGGAUAUGUGCAAAUGGGGAAAGGUAACAGAUUACAAAUGCUGAAAACCAUUUUUAAAAAUUGGAGAAAAAGAAUUAUCCACUACUUUCAUGGUACAUUUGUAUCACAAAUAAAUCUCAUUCCUGGGGUGACAUUCUUAAAUGUCCAACCCUUGGCUUGAAGCAAGUCUUAAUUGGGUUACACAAUCAAAACUAUCACCCCUCUGACUGAGGUUUCCUCUGUCAACGGUACAGUAAUGUAUUUACUAAUCUGACAUUAAUGACAAGGAUUUUUUCCCCAAAAGUAGUAUCAAUUUAACAGAAACAAAAGAUCGCUCACUCAGUCAUAACUUGACAAAGGGACCUGAGUCAGUUUUGAAACGUUGUGACACACUUGAUACGUACAUUGUUUGUGUAUAUAGAAAAACUUUGUUAUAACAUAUUUCCAAACUGAUGAAUCUUAUUGUAAACAGAAGGUCCUUUUUCUGUAGCUGACAUGUUUGUGUGUUAACAGAUUGUUUGAAUAAGGGUCUAUUUCUUAUAUUUCAAAAUUUUACUGAUAUAAAAAAAAAUGUUAAGGUUAGAAAUUUGUAUGAAGGUGCUAUUCUCAGAUGAAGAGAUUAUAUAGACGAGUCUGUAAUAAUUAAAGUUAAUUGGUAUAUAUGUUACCAGAACAAUGUAAAUGGUACAUGUUUGCACAUCCUCUUGAAUGCCAAGAAUGGAGACAUGUAAAUGUAUUGGAAAUAGUUUUUUGUGAUUUCUUUGAGGAAAAUUAUAAGUGUUAUUGGAUUAUGCUAAUGAUGAAUGCUAUUUUUUUAGCACAGGUUGUAUUGUUUAUGUCCUUAUUACCUGCCCUGCACACCUGAUCAUUGGGGCCAAUUCAAAAUGGGCUCACCUUUCAUUUUAUGUCUGUUAGAGACAGUUAAUAAACUUUAUCUUUUACUUGUAUGAUACAAUAAAUAAACGGUGAAAAAUGACUAUGAAUUUAACAAAGUAGAUUAUAUUUGGAAAAAGGGCAAAAAUUUAAGCUGGGCAAAAUAUAUUACAGAUCACAGGAUAUGAUCGGAAAACAUAAAAUGAUUUAGUGAUACGAGGUUAGUGAUACUUUAAAAAAAAAGUUUCAUAUUUCAUUUUUUAUUUUUUAUUAUUAUUGAAGCACAUUCCACAUUGUAUGAUUUAGAUGUGUGAAUGGUUUAAACAGAUGUAAAUAACACGCAUCCCCAAUAUUUCCAAUAUGAGAUGUAUUGUUAUAUGAAAUGAAAAAGAUAUAUUAUUUUAUUUCCACUAUGAUUUUAUGUGAUAUGAAAUGUACGUUUAUUUAUUUUUUAAGAUUUGUUAACUCAUUCCGUCCAUGUCUUUACAGCAUAUUUGUACAUGUAUAUACAAUUAUAUGGGAAAAUUAAAUACUGACCAAUCUGUUCUAGAGGAGGUGUGUUUGGGAAGUAAAGCUCUCCAGUCUAGAUUUAGACAGUUUCCAAUUUUAAAUUUAUAAAAAAAAUUGAAGAAAAUAAAUAAUAAUAACCUUUUCAUACCAAAUUAUGAAUUGUUAAACUUGAAACACAGUGUGUAACAAACUCCGCAUAUCUCAGAAAUAUCGGAAGGUUGCUGGCAAAUUAAUAUAUAAUAUUUGAUGUCAAACAAUUGUACUUUACUGUUGAGUGCACGACUUUGGUAAUGUUGAUUUACAUUACAAGGGAGAUAACUAUUGAUUAAAAUUCAUGUCUUUUUUACAACUCACCCUAUGUGUACAUUAUCACAAUUUAAAUCUAUUUUUGGAAAGCCAGGUAACUUGAACUCAGGUCAGUUAAAACACACAUUUCUAUCUCAAAUUUUAACAAAUCAUUCAUCUACUUACUUUAUAAUCUUCUGUUUGAUUGGAUCAUUUUAUCAGAACCUAAUGAGUUCAAGUUAGCUGGCUUUUACUCAUACUGUUUAGCCUUUAUAAAAUAUUUUAUGAGAAAACUUUAUUUUUCUUCAAAGUUUUUUAAUCCGUCCAAAUGUUGCUGUACUCUGUGAAAUAUUCAUGUGAAAAACAAAGUUUUAUUUGGCCACUGCCUCUGUCUGCACCCUAGAAGUUGUUUUAUGUGGGUAUACAGGUAUUUAUUGUGUACACAAGGUCCAACUCGUCAGCCAUAUCUGUGAUAUGUAUACCUGUAGUUCUAAGUCAGAUUUAUCUUUAAUUUAUUCUUAUUUUACUAACAUUUUUUAUCUUUUAAUCAGAUGGCUACUUAUUUUCAUCAGAUCAAAUAUUAGAUGAUCUGACCAAAUUCUUAUCGGUGAUAUAUAUAUCAAUAAUUACCUGUAUGUUUAUAUUUUUAUGGUAAAUCUGGUUUAUUAAUAAAGAUUUACCGUUAUCUAGUUUAAGUAGAAUUCAGGUGCAAGUCGGAGGGAAUUCCAAUACCUUCAAUAGUUUCAGUGGGAAGAUGGAAGUCUGGGGUAUUUCCUCAAAAACCUCCAAUAGAACACCAAUUGGAGGGUUGAGAUUGGGGGGGGGGGGGGGAAGAAUUCUUCCACAUUACUUUAACAAAUUUCCAACAAAUCUAUUUUCCUGGUACUUUUAUUAAUGAAAUCAUUUUGUUUAUUGUCAUAAAAGGUGUUCACAUAAUGAAAUGAUUUAUUUUAAAUUGAUUUGUAAUGGUAAACUGUAAAUUAUCUGUGCUGGAUUUCCCAAUUGUACGUACACAAUUAAAGCUGUACAAGGUAUCAUAAGGUAAUAUAAUAUGAUAAUCAGAGCCUGUGUCUUUAAAUACACUACAGGUACUUAUUUUUAUGUAAAUUAUUUGUUUUCCAAAUGACUUAAAUUUUGAGAUCAUUUGUCAUUUGGAUUCCAUAUUGUUUUAAAACAUAUUGCUACACUUGAAAAACGUCAAUAGAAUCCCAAAAUGGAAAGGAAAAAAAAAAUUGAGGAAAACAUGUAAUUUUUCAGGAAAUUGGAAAAACUCUUUCCUUAUGGAUAUUCAAGGGAAGAUUACUCUGCACCAUGUUCAGAAAACCCAUCUGUAUUCUUUAAUAAAAUUGUAUGAAAAUAUACAAAUAUAUUUUUCCUAGUUCAUGUUAAAGUCAUUGAAAUAGCUUAAUAAGUUUCAUUUCAUUUCAUGAAGAUACUCCCCCUUGAAAGUAUCGUUUCAAAUAUUUUUAUUUUUAUUUGAUUUUUUUUUUUUUUUUUAUAUGGAUGCAUUUGUUAGAAAUAAACAACAUAAGGCAUUAUCAUCAAGAUUGGUACAAGGAUACCUUCCGUGUCAUCAAGUCCAAAAAGUGGAUAUGGUAAAUUUGUAUUACCUUGUUUACUUAAACAGCUCUUAUCAAUUCGAAAGUAUUAAAUCGAUAAAUUAGUGUUCUAAUACAAGUCUGCAUUGACACAGUUCAUGUAACAUUGUCUUAGGAAACGACAUGUAUCAAACACAAUAUAAACAGGACUUGAUCUAAUCAACAUGUUUUAUAACACACUGACUUUAUGUGGACGACUUUUUAGAGAGAAUAAAUCAAAUUAUCAAUUCUA